AUGGGCAGCCGCGGGGAGUACGGCUGCUCCGUGGACGAGCUUCGAACUUUGAUGGAAUAUCGGGGAUUAGAAGCUCGAGAAAAACUGGAUGCUGAAUAUGACGGAGUUGAAGGCUUAUGUCGAAGGUUAAAAACUGAUCCAAAUACAGGACUGCCUCAAGAUAAGGAUGAGUUGGACAGGAGACGAGCAGUGUUUGGUGCUAAUGAAAUACCGCCGCAUCCACCAAAAUCAUUUCUGCAACUUGUGUGGGAAGCACUUCAAGAUGUUACGUUGAUUAUUCUUCUCGUGAGUGCAAUAGUAUCCCUUGCAUUAUCGUUUUAUCGCCCACCUGAUGAUGGUUUAGGAGCGGGUUCUGAUGAUUCGGAGCAUGAAGCCGGAUGGAUCGAAGGUGUCGCAAUCUUAAUUUCAGUUGUAGUUGUCGUCCUUGUGACGGCUCUUAAUGACUACACUAAGGAGCGUCAAUUUAGAGGUCUUCAAGCAAAAAUAGAAACUGAGCAUAAAUUUGCCGUUAUUCGUGGUGGUAAUCAAAUACAAAUAGUUGUUAAUGAAUUGGUUGUCGGUGACAUAGCUCAAAUUAAAUAUGGAGAUUUGCUACCUGCCGAUGGUGUUCUUGUUCAGAGCAAUGAUCUAAAAAUUGACGAGUCUUCUCUAACGGGUGAAUCAGAUCAAAUCCGCAAAAGUCCUGACUUCGAUCCAAUGCUUCUGUCAGGUACACACGUGAUGGAAGGAAGCGGCAAGAUGAUCGUUACGGCAGUGGGUGUAAACUCUCAAACAGGGAUCAUCAUGACUCUUCUUGGGGCAGCUAAAGAUGUAGUAGAGGAAGAACGUAAAGCAGCCAAACGUGAAGAGCGUCGUGCACGUCGAAAGAGCAAAGCAUCUGGUGAUGCUGUAGCAAGUGCAGGAGUUGAAGAUGGGACUGCUCAAGCUCUUUUAACUGAUCAUGUAAAAGCGGAUGGUUUGGCGGAGGGAAGCAAUGGAGGCUUAAGUAGCGAAGUGACUAAAGACGAAAUUGAAAAUAAGAAGGAACGCUCAGUUUUGCAAGCGAAACUCACACGUCUUGCGAUCCAAAUUGGAUAUGCGGGCUCAUUCGUUGCUGGCUGUACUGUUCUUAUUCUUGUGACAAGAUUUUGCAUUAGCCGUUACAUGAUCGAAGAAAAAGCAUUCAGUGUUGCCGAUUUCCAGCACUUCAUCAAUUUUUUGAUUAUUGGUGUUACUGUUUUAGUUGUUGCAGUUCCAGAAGGCCUUCCUCUUGCUGUUACUCUCUCUUUAGCAUAUUCAGUCAAAAAGAUGAUGCUGGAUAACAAUCUUGUUCGCCAUUUGGAUGCAUGUGAAACGAUGGGUAAUGCUACGAGCAUUUGCUCAGACAAAACUGGCACAUUAACAACUAAUCGUAUGACUGUUGUGCAGAGUUAUAUAAACGAAGUACAUCACAAAGAAACACCGAAGUUUGAGUCACUAAACAAAGAAACAGGGGAAUUAUUAAUAAAUCUUAUAUCGAUUAAUAGUAGUUAUGCGUCACAGGUUGUACCUGCAAAAAAUCCUAGUGAGCAAGUUACACAAUUGGGAAACAAAACUGAAUGCGGCCUUUUGGGAUUUGUUCUUGCAUUAGGACAAAGCUAUCAAAUUAUUCGAGAUAAAUAUCCAGAAGAGAAGAUUUUCAAAGUUUAUACUUUCAAUUCUGUACGAAAAUCAAUGUCCACUGUAAUUGAACUAAAAAAGAAUGAUGUUGUUUAUGGUUAUCGGGUAUUUAGUAAAGGAGCAUCUGAAAUAAUUUUGAAAAAAUGCAAAUGGUUCAUGGAUAAAAAUGGUGCACCGAGAAAGUUUUCGCAAAAAGAUUUCGAUCGAUUAGUCAGUAAUGUCAUUGAACCAAUGGCAUCAGAUGGCUUACGUACUAUAUGUCUUGCAUAUAAAGAUUAUCUUAAUGUUGCUGACAGCUUGAAAGAAAAUCAGAUUCUUCUUACUGGUGAAGUAGAUUGGGAAAAUGAAGAUGCUGUCAUUACUGAUUUAACUGCAAUAGCCAUUGUAGGAAUUCAGGAUCCAGUUAGACCAGAAGUGCCAGAAGCAAUAGCGAAGUGCCAACGUGCUGGUAUAACAGUACGUAUGGUAACAGGAGAUAACAUUAAUACUGCUCGAUCCAUUGCUACAAGCUGUGGAAUUUUGCGUCCUGGUGAGGACUUCAUUGCUUUGGAGGGGAAAGACUUCAAUGCACGUAUUCGGAACGAUAAAGGCGAGGUAUCUCAAGAGAAGCUAGAUGUAAUAUGGCCGAAACUGCGUGUCCUUGCUCGAGCGCAGCCAUCUGAUAAAUAUACACUCGUGAAAGGCAUUAUUGACAGUCGUAUCACCGAUAACAGGCAUGUGGAAGUAGUGGCUGUAACAGGAGAUGGUACAAAUGAUGGGCCGGCACUGAAAAAAGCAGAUGUUGGUUUUGCUAUGGGAAUUGCAGGCACGGAUGUUGCUAAGGAAGCAUCAGAUAUUAUACUGACGGAUGAUAAUUUCACUUCUAUUGUCAAGGCAGUCAUGUGGGGACGAAAUGUCUAUGAUUCAAUUGCAAAAUUCUUACAGUUCCAGCUUACCGUUAAUGUAGUUGCUGUUGUUGUAGCAUUUGUUGGCGCAUGUGCCAUUCAAGAUACUCCCCUAAAAGCUGUGCAAAUGCUUUGGGUCAACCUUAUUAUGGACACUUUAGCAUCGUUAGCUUUAGCCACUGAAAUGCCUACGGAAGAUUUACUGAAGCGGAAACCAUAUGGUAGAACUAGUCCUCUGAUAUCUCGAACAAUGAGCAAAAAUAUUUUGGGUCAUGCAUUUUAUCAGCUGCUCAUCUUGUUUGCUCUCAUUUUUGCAGGCGAACGCUUUUUCGAAAUUGAAAGUGGUAGGUGGGCACCUUUGCAUUCACCUCCUUCCGAGCAUUUUACGAUUGUUUUCAACACUUUUGUAAUGAUGACACUUUUCAAUGAAAUUAAUGCUCGAAAAAUUCAUGGCGAAAGGAAUAUUUUCGCAGGCCUUUUUUCAAAUCCAAUCUAUUAUGUGAUUUGGAUAUCUACAAUGGUCGCACAAAUAUUUAUUGUACAAUUUGGUGGACGAUGGUUUUCCACCGCUGCAUUAAAUUUGGAGCAGUGGUUGUGGUGUUUAGCUUUUGGUGUCGGUGUAUUAUUAUGGGGUCAGCUAGUGACAACGAUUCCGACAGCCGGUCUGCCGAAGAAUAUGGCAAUUGGUGGUGGUGAUGUGACAUCAACCGAAAAUAUUUUAAGUGGCGAAUAUGAAGAUCCAGGUACACACGAAAAACGUUCGGGACAAAUUUUAUGGAUCAGGGGAUUGACUCGACUUCAAACACAGGUGAUUUGUUAUGUUCAGAAAAAUAUAAUGGCGGCUGUUUUGUGUGGUUGUCAUUUGAAGAUAUCGUUAUUUUCUAUAGAUUAUGGUCUCCGCAAUAGUGUAUAUUGCGUGAUUAAUGGCUAUCAGGGAUGGCAUCUUCGCGUUGUGAAAGCAUUUCGAUCAUCCUUGGACGAAUUCGAGGAGAAGCGUUCCAUUGCCAGUACUCAGUCAUGUAAUUCGAUGCGUGGUGCAGCAGGUGCUGGAUGGUCUUAUUUGUCGUUAUCAGGCAUAAGUGUCUCGCGUCCAUCUUCAUGUGUGGGACCAUUACCAAGUUACACACGUGCUCCAUUAGUAAAAUUAAUGCAGCUUGCCAGUUUCCCUCAACCUUAUCCUUACUAUCAUUCACAACAAUCUUGUGCCAGUGUUGCAACUGCAGCCAACUUCGUUAACCCUGUUAUGAAUAAUGUUCAACUAACAAAAGCAUCGGAUGAUGGCCAUGAUUUGAUGACUGAUGCCGUAAUCCAUUUUGAGCAGCAGAUGGUUACAACUUCAUCUGCAGCACAUAUAAAAAGUAAACAAUUUGAGAAAGUACCAUUGGUGCAGCGGUGGCGACCAUCUCGUGAUUCAAGUUAUUCACAGAAGAUUGGUAAAAGUGUUUCACUGGACGCACCAGUUUCAGUUGCUCAUGUUUAA